UUUUAGCGACGGAGGAUCGUCGCGGGAGACCAUUCACGCGGACUCCUACUUUUGAUAUUACCGACAGUUAUUAAAGGUACGUUCGUAGUUAAAUUUAGCUUUGAAUUAAACACAAUUGAAAGCCAUCGAACAGUGUUUGUGUAGGUGUUAAGUCACUUUGUUUGCAGACGUUCUUUAAUUAACAUUCGAACGAGUCGAUGUGACAACAAGGUUUAAAACGAAUUCCGCGGAAAUGAAACUUGGAUGACCUGAUAAAAUUGGCUAGCACCUAAUUGAGGACGAGGAACUUGGCUUGCUUUUUUUCGAUUGCUUAAGAAAAAGAAGAAAGGGAAUAGUUGUCAAUCUCAAUUUGUUCUUUCUACUGUACCUUGAUGGAUCAAAACUCGACGGCAGCAGCUGUAGAAGCUGGAAAAUAAGAUAUUUUCAUCAUUGCUUUAUUUUUCCUUUUCUCUCUAGUUUAGUUUUUUUAAGAGGUCUGGAUUCAAACAUGACAAGUGUUCCUCGAAUUGUGAGGAUUUUCUCCACAUUUAUUAUGGCCAUGACAACUUACGUGCUGGCAGACAGUGAAUGCCCGGAUGACAGUAACACAACACACCUUGACUCAGCAGGAUGCCCGAUUGAAGACAUAAAGGUGGCAAUGUUCCUUUCUCCUCCGUACCUUCUAGUGAAAGACGUAAACGACAACGGAACUGAACUUUAUCCCUAUGGCAUUGUCUCCGACUACAUUGGCGAUACUUUGUUGGAAUGCUGCCAUGGGAAGACGGAAUUCGUCAUGACAAAUGACGAUAUAUUGAAAUCUGACAUAAUCUUUCCUGUCAGUGAGAGCGAUGAAACCAAUCUAAUUUUCUCAGGUGUUUCUUAUACCUUCUAUGAUAUCGUCAAGGUGGAUGGUUUUGUGCUCAUUGGCCUCAUUGAUCAGUACAACGCCAAAGCAAGAGGCUUGGUGUUGAGGUCUUUGUACGACUCUUGGCCAAUUUUUGCGUUAACCUUUCUACUCACUGGAAUUGCCGGAAUUUUCAUCUGGGCGCUGGUAAGCUGACUCGUGACUUUUUACCUCUAACCACAGUAACAAUGGUUUAUGUCUCGGUUGGGAACGUAUUGAUCCCCUUAUAUGGAACGCCUCAUCAUAACCGACCACCCAUUCUGCCAUUCUGGUUGAACAGUCUUUCUGGUGGGGUGAGGUUGCUGCAAAGGACACGUGGCUUCAGUUUCGGUCCAAAGUUUAACGUAAAGCUAGCAAUUAGGACGCAUACAUUUUUUGUAGCAACUCGAUGGUAGUUAAACUGAGAACCAAGUUUAUCAAAAAGGUCACAGUGUCCCGCAUAACACCACACAUAGCUCUUUCAUAACCACUUUUACUCAACAAAUGGCAUGCGGUCUGAGGUUCAAUUGCCACUCGGUUAUACUGACUGCUAACUGCUACCAUUGAUGUCGAAAUUAACAUUCAGACAACAAGUAUUUCAGCUUUGCACUCACUUAUGCUGAGAUAUAGCUAGUAAAUUUAAAUUCCCUCUUGGGUUAUCAAUAGGCGAGAUUUGUCUCCAUGCUUACCUUCCAGGAAUACUACGUGAAAAACGAAGAAUUUUCUUUGUCCUUUACAAGAGGUUCUUAUGAUGGAUUUUGGUGGGCUUUCAUCAGCAUGACAACUGUUGGGUAGGAAAUACCAAAUAAUCAAUUAUCUAGCCCUAUUAGUAUGUAAGGUGGCCAUGUCUUUUGUAACAGAAGAGUAAAGGGGCUUUUUGUUGUACCCGUCAGACUUGUACCCAGUGAUUUUGGUGCGCACACUCACGCGCCUCAAGGCUCCAUUUCAGUUUAUGUACAUUCUAAAAUCAUAUGGAAAACGAGUCCAUGAUUAAUAAUUGAUAAUUUGAACUUGGGAAAUACAGCUGGAAUAUGAUAAGCACUUACAAUUUGAUUAAGGUAGAUAAACCGCUAUUGAACGAAUUUUGAAAAAGCCUACUUUGUUAACUUUAGCCCUUCGAGAAAAAAUUUGUUUCUAAAGAAACCAAUCGACUCACUGUUCCAUUUAUCUGAGUCAUGUUGAAAUUUUUAUUGACGAAUGACUGAUAACAAGGAUAACAUCGUUUAUUUUCCAAGAUACGGAGACAAAAGUCCAAGAUCGUUUUUUGGUCGUUUGUUUGGUGUGUUCUGGAUUCUCAUUGGCUUAGUCGUAAUCACCAUGUUUACCGCUACUGUGACGUCAGCUCUCACUCACAGCUCCUCGCCGGACUUUAUCAAUGCACUGGAGGGGUUAAAGGUAAGCGGUGUUGAACGGUUACUUGUAAUUUCUAGAAAGAUUGAAGUGAACCGGUGGAAAAACCCGUUCGGACAUUUCACUUGAAUUUAUGAUAUUUGCAACUUCUGUUAUCAGUACAGACCGAUCUUGCAUGCACAUUCUCUUUUCCUGACGAUUUUAAAAUACGACGAUUUACUGGUAUAGCAAGUGAUUUCAAUGAGCUUUUAAUUGAAAUAUCAUACCAGUCUGGUUGGUUUUUCUCUUUAGGUGGCCGUGCUUAAUGGCAGUUUUGCUGAGGCCGAAGCAACCUACCUGGGAGCAAUAUCCAGUCGUGAGUAUGGGUGCAGUUCCUGUGAUUUUCACCAUUUCAUGUAAUUGUCAUGAGGUCAAUUCACAGAUAUGCGCCCAUCAUGUAUAUGUAUUUUUAAGAUUGCUGUAUUUUAGGAUUUUUCAUAAUCGCAUGGCAUACAAAAUCCAAACUUAACAUUGGUAUAAGGUAGAAUAAAUCCACACAACUUGAAUUUGGCGAAAGAUGUGUUUUCGUCUUGGCUUAAGCAUGGGACAAAAAAUUCGCCACUUUCAGUUACAUCAUCAUUGUGCAUAAGAAUUCCUAUCCAAGCAGUAUGCAGGAAGUUAGUCACCACGGACCUAGUUAAACGGCAAAGUCUGCCAUGUCUACCAAAUCUGCUAGUUUCGAUUCCUACAAGGAGCACUCUUAGUUCUUUUUCUCCCAGUAUGCCUGUGUUAUUCACUGAAUAAUACCCUCUUUCAAAAAAUGCCAUACUUCUUAUGACGCUUUUGACAUUGCUACUCAUGGUAUUACGCUGGAAGUAUGUCCCAUAUAACUUUCGAAAGGGCCUGGCUCAUUGUGGAUUCUUUGUGGCUCAGUGGUAGAGCAUAAUAGAGCGGAAACCAAAGGUCUCAGUUUCGAUUCCUUUCGAUUCGUCUUUUUCCCACGCUCGUGAAAAGACGGACAUACGUCUUUUGAUAUUUCUAUACUGAAUUCAAAAUUCACCUUCGUUCUCAUUCUGUUAGCAUAGAAUUUAAUGUUGAAUUUAUCACAAGAUCCCCUAAAAUGCAUUUAACAACGCGACCUUCAAAAAAACACAGCUUUCCCUGAUUAAAACGCGGAUCGUAGCAAUUUUCCUCUGAUAUUUCACUUAAUCACGCAUCGCCUUUCAGCGUACCCUGAAUUUGAAGACAUGCAUGCUGCUAUGGUUAAAGAAGAGGUAGAGGGCUUGUUCAUGGAGAGACUCCAAGCUUACUACUUUUACAAAGAUAAAAACGUCUACGAUGGUGACAAUUUGCGAGUGUUUCACACAGUCCCUACAAAAAUUUCGCACAAGAUGGCCUUCAAACAAGACACAACAUGCCAGUUAAUUGAGAAGAACUACUGCUUCAAACGUCGCUUGGAAAAUCCUUUAAUCAGUUCGUACGUUAGGAAUUAUACAACUCCAUUAAAGGUAUUGGGUUAUGUCAGUUGCUUGUCUUAAUCUUUUUACUCCUGAUAUUUCAUUGGUAACUCUCCUUGCAGUUUGCCAUACAAUUUUUACGAUAUUAGUUCAGAUAAUUCGGCAUCGAAUCAAAUAAUGAUCUCCUGAUUGACAUUUUUCCUUGUUCUCAUCACUAGUCUGCUUCGAGCUAUAUUUUAAAAAAAGUGGUUAGUAGAAAUUCUGUUUUGGUCACUGAUGGGAGUUAAAUGGUCAUGCCUUUGACGAAGAAUUAGAAAGUUCUCCCCGCGGACAACGCUUGUCUGUAGAACAUUGUUAGAAAACCAUGGCUGUAGGUGGCGAGAUCUGGUUGGAUUAUAGGACAGAUUAAAUUUUAGUCACUCGCUAUUUUCUACAAUGUCCACCUAUUGUGUCUUUCAGGCUUUUAACCCAUCGGUGGAUACAGUUGGUCUUUUGUCAGGCAAUUCAAAAGGAACAAGUACUUUGUUACUCAGCCUGAUGGGUGUGUUCUUCGGUUUGUGUGUUCUCGGCGUCUCGGUAGAGUUGUUCUUAUGGAAAUCUGCAACGCGGUGCACUAAGCCUGUUCCCUUUCGUAAGUAUAUCAGAAGUUCCAUCUUGGUAUCCUGGGCGUUUCUUAAUAAAUGUAAUGGUGGCCGAAAAAAAAAUCAUUGCAUUUGCUGACUUUGUAUUUCUGCUUCAUUCUUCUUAGAGACUAAAAGUGAAAGAACGCCGUCUGAUGUAAAUUCAUUUCACCUGAACACGGUUUUAUUGCAACUUAGAGGCUUCGAGGAGAAUCUGGAAAAGCUUUCCAACCAAAUACAGACAAUAAAAGAAAAUCUGACAGGUGCAACAAGGAAGACGACCCAAGAAAACGUCAAGCUUACGGAAUUCAACUAAUUAUUACUUCAGUGUAGUCAAGGCUCGAUUAUCCUGACUGGUGGGGACUGGGCUAAGCAUUCCGGAAAAUAUGAAUAUUAAUGAUCCAAAAAUAAUUCUGAAUACGUAUAAUUUAAUUAAUAUGUUUGGCACAUACGGAUAUCGAUCAUACUUAAGUCUGCCGGUCGCGUGAUUCAUACUAUGAUAUUUAAACCCUGACCUAAAUAAAGGAAGUAUUGUUUACCACUGGAUUUUAUAAAAAAAAAUCUUACACCUGACGCAAAAAGAAACGCAUGACAUGCGUAGCAGUCAAAAAAAUAAAAAGUUAAUUUUAUUUCAUUUUUAUCGAUCGACGAAAGGGUAACUGUCGAUAUACUGCCAUCCCAUCAUGCAAGGCCGACCGAAGUAGCAAUACCCCCAGCUGUUCCAUGUUACGAAAAGUUAUGUGGACGACUUUGGAUAUAUGAAAAUCAUAUAUUUGAACUGUGGUUAAUAAAUGAAGACGAGAGUGAUCUUCGCUGUAAUAAUGAACACUACUUUAGUAGUAGUGAAAAUGAAGUCUGAAGUCUGGCUGACCAUUUCAGCUUUAUCUUCAUGACUGUUUAAUUAGUCUUCAUGACGGCGAUAUACCUCACAGAAAUUAUGGAUGACGAUUAAAGACUUUUAUGGACUUGAAAAAUAACAAAAAUCCUAAUAAACAUGAACAGGUUUGUAUUUUAGAUACUAAUGCCAAUUGAGCAUAUAUCCUAAAGCUGAAAAAGUUCUCGCAAAUAAAGUAAUUGGUCCUGGUGUUUGUAAAAUACAUUCAGUUGACUCUGUUAGGAAUAAUUGUUGUAAAUAAGUA